UCCAAAAAUAAAAUUCUCUAGGGAUUAAAAAGAAAGAAAGAAAGAAAGAAAAUGCCAGCCGAUAUAAUGGAGAAAAAUUCCUCGUCCCCGGUGGCUGCUACCCCAGCCAGUGUCAACACGACACCGGAUAAACCAAAGACAGCAUCUGAGCACACAAAGUCAUCCAAACCUAUCAUGGAGAAAAGAGGAAGAGCAAGAAUAAAUGAAAGCCUGUGCCAGCUGAAAACGCUCAUUUUGGAUGCUCUUAAGAAAGCUAGCUCCCGGCAUUCCAAGCUGGAGAAGGCGGACAUUCUGGAAAUGACAGUGAAGCACCUCCGGAACCUGCAGCGGGCGCAAAUGACUGCUGCGCUGAGCACAGACCCGAGCGUGCUGGGGAAGUACCGCGCCGGCUUCAGCGAGUGCAUGAACGAGGUGACCCGCUUCCCGUCCACGUGCGAGGGCGUUAACACCGAGGUACGCACUCGGCUGCUCGGCCACCUGGCCAACUGCAUGACCCAGGUCAACGCCACGACCUACCCUGGGCAGCCGCAUCCCGCCUUGCAGGCGCCGCCGUCGCCCCCGCCAGGACCCGGCAGCCCCCAGCACACGCGGUUCGCGCCGCCGCCGCCACUGCUUGUGCCCAUCUCCGGAGGUGCGGCGCCCCCUCCCGGCGGCGCACCCUGCAAGUUGGGCAGCCAGGCUGGAGAGGCGGCAAUGCCGGCUCCUGAUGGCCAAUUUGCCUUCCUCAUCCCGAAUGGGGCGUUCGCUCACAGCGGCCCAGUCAUCCCAGUCUACACCAGCAACAGUGGGACCUCAGUGGGUCCCAACGCAGUAUCUCCUUCCAGCGGCUCCUCGCUCACUGCGGACUCCAUGUGGAGGCCGUGGCGGAACUGA